CUCAGAACAGCUUCUCAUCAGCCUUCCACCGGCCUCGGAAGACGGCGCUACAGCUUGAUGGCAUUUUGGCUGACCCAGGGUCUUUUUUCGUAGUGCCGACCGGUGACAUCGAUGACUCCCUCCAGAUGACAUCCCAAGCACCGCAACAAUGGGACAAGGCUUCUCCCUCACAACGCUCUCCGCGGGCUCUGCAGGCAUUGAUGUGCCGGAGCUCGCGGAUUUGGUCUAUGAAAAGUCCAUGGGGACUGCCCGUUUCAUGAAAAGCAUUCGCGCUCGGCAUCAAGAUGGCGUCGUAUUGGUCAAGGUCAUUAUCAAGCCCUAUGCCAUGAAGCUAGAGAAGUACAAACUCAGCAUUAUACGAGAACGCAAAGCUCUGAUAGAUGUACCGAAUGCGCUGGCCUACGAGCGAAUCGUGGAAACCGAGACGAACGGAUACCUUGUUCGACAGUACCUCUAUAGCUCCUUAUACGAUCGCAUGAGCACCCGACCAUUCUUGGAAGAUAUCGAGAAGAAAUGGCUUGCAUUUCAGCUUCUGUGCGCCCUCCGCGAUUGUCAUGCUCGAGGUAUAUUCCACGGAGAUAUCAAGACUGAGAAUACCCUGGUUACGUCGUGGAACUGGCUGUAUCUGUCAGAUUUCUCGUCCUCAUUCAAACCGACAACCUUGCCCGAGGAUAAUCCUGCCGACUUUUCGUAUUUCUUUGACACAGCCGGAAGACGAACAUGCUACCUUGCACCAGAGCGAUUUUUGGCUGCAGGUGAGACACCCGAUCCUGCGGCCCAAAUUACAUGGGCCAUGGAUGUGUUCAGUGCCGGAUGUGUGAUAGCUGAGCUGUUCCUGGAAACCUCCAUUUUCAACCUGAGCCAGCUUUACAAAUAUCGGAGAGGGGAGUACGAUCCUGUUAUUACCCACCUGAAUCGUAUUGCCGACAAAGAUGUGCGCGAAAUGGUAGCGCACAUGAUACAAGUCGAUCCAGAGUCUAGAUAUUCGGCGGAGGAGUAUCUUGACUUCUGGAGGAAGAAAGUCUUCCCGGAUUACUUCUACAGCUUUCUCCAUCAGUACAUGGGAUUGAUCACAGAUCCCUCUUCCGGAAGAUCGCCAAUCUCAGGUGCUACGGCUAACCUUGGGGAGGCCGAUGAACGAAUAGACAGAAUCUACUAUGACUUCGACAAGAUCUCAUACUUUUUGGGCUACGGAAAUGAGAAGCAGGUUUCCGCGCAAGCCUCGUAUAAAGGGUACGGGCUGGAGCUGUUUCCUGUCCAUCUUAACAUACCGAACAAUGAACACCAGGCCUCGGCUAUCGGAAGGAGGCCAACAGAUGAUGGGACUCUGAUAUUCCUAGCACUUGUCGUUUCUUCGCUCCGAAACACUGCUCGCGCAACAGCCAGAGUUCGGGCUUGCGACUUACUCCUUGCCUUCGCUGAGCGGUUAACGGACGAAGCGAAGCUUGACCGGAUCCUACCAUAUUUGGUAUCAAUGCUCAACGACAAGGCUGACAUAGUCAAAGUGGCAGCGAUCCGUACCGUAACUCAACUCAUGGCUCUUGUUACGGUGGUCUCCCCUGUAAAUGCCCAUGUGUUCCCAGAGUAUCUUCUACCUCGUAUGCAGACAUUCCUUCCAGGGUCUUCAUCAGAUCCUGGUCCCCUGGUUCGAGCAACGUAUGCUGCUUGCCUAGGUAGUCUCGCGACGUCUGCCUCUCGGUUUCUUGACAUGGUAGCAACUCUGAGAGCGGACGGGUCCCUUCCAACCGCCGAUCCAGAGACUGAGGAUGGGAUCAAUGCCGAGGCGGCAUUGCAAGGUCUUUUUGACAAUGCUCGAGCAGAGCUGAUCGAGGUUUUUGAAGGCCACACCAAAGCCUUGAUCACCGACAACGAUUCCGCUGUCAAACGAGCCUUUCUUGGCUCUGUGCCUGAAUUAUGUUUGUUCUUCGGCACAGCGGCGUCGAACGAUAUUAUCUUGAGCCAUUUGAACACCUACCUCAAUGAUCGAAACUGGAUGCUCAAAUGUGCCUUCUUCGAAACUAUUGUCGGCGUUGCCACAUUUCUUGGUGGUACCAGUUUAGAGGAGUUCAUCUUGCCGUUAAUGGUACAAGCCUUGACGGAUCCAGAAGAGUUUGUAGUGCAAAAGGUGCUGCAUUCGCUCGCUAGCAUGUCAGAACUGGGCCUCUUCCAGAGAUCGAAGACUUGGGAACUUGUCGACGUUGUCGCGCGCUUCACGGCCCAUCCCAAUAUCUGGAUUCGUGAAGCUGCGACAAACUUUCUCUCUUCGGCGACAAUUUUCUUGUCAGCCGCCGACAACCAGUGUAUUAUUCUUCCUCUCAUCAGACCGUAUCUAAAAACGCCGACAAAGGACUUAUCUGAGUUGGGCUUGCUUGAUAACUUAAAGAAGCCAUUAUCAAGGGCCGUCCUUGAUUUGUCAAUAACGUGGGCUACUAAGGUUGACAAGGGUAUAUUCUGGAAACCAGUGAAUCAAUCACGGACCUUCUCCUUCGACUCAAAUACCUUGAUACCGACGAUAUCUGCCAAGGAUCUUGCGCAAAACGCUCUACAAAGAAUACCUAAAAAUGAAGAAGAUGAACAAUGGCUAGCAAAGCUGAGGAAUAUGGGCCUCGGUCAUGAUGAUGAUUUCAAACUACUUGCGCUGAGAGGGUACAUUUGGCGGCUGGCACGCUCGAAGGCUAGGGAAUCCGAACAGCAACCGACAUAUCUCAACGGUAUCAUUAAUUUGCGCAAUAUCAAUAUUACGCCACAAACAGUCAUGUUCGACGACCAGCAAGUUAUGGAUGAGCCACUCCGUCCGAUCGCUUCACACACCAUUAAAGAUGCGCUCCUCGACGCCUCUAUGGCAAUUGAUGAAUCGAUUCCGCCGAAGCGUGGCUCUGCUAUACCAAAUGGUAAUGGUAAUGGCAAGCUCAACGACGAAGAAAGGGGUUCCCUACCGGAUACUAGCCCAAGUAUGCCCCCCAAAGAUCCAAACAGUGGAAUUCGCCAUCAAGGUAGCGCCAUGAAUCUUCUGAACCGCAAAGACCAAACAAAGUCCUUCCCUGAAACCGGCAUGACUACGACCAGUGCCUUCGGGCAAGUUGAAGGUCCUCUCUCGCGCAGUACAGGGGAGCGUUCAGCCAUCGCGUUGGCAAAAGAGAACGCGGGGGUCACACAAGAUCGGAUUCGAUUUAGAGCGGCUCACACUUAUUCAGGCAAUGAUCCAAGUAUAUUGAAGAUGCUUGAUGCAAUGUAUGUGGACAAUUAUCCCAACGAUAUUGCCGAAUUUGGCCCCAUGAUCGCACCUUCAAGUCGACGAAAAGUUAUCAGCAGAAGCAGCAGCCAUGCGGGCGAUAGACCUUGGAAACCCGAGGGCAUUCUCGUAGCCACCUUCUCUGAACAUGUUGGUCCUAUUAAGCACAUCGCAGUCGCUCCAGAUCAUGCCUUCUUCCUCACAGGUGGCGAUGAUGGUUGUGUCAAAGUUUGGGACACAGGUAGACUUGAGCGAAAUAUCACACACCGGUCUCGACAAACGCAUAGGCAUGCAAAUGGCUCCCAGGUUACGGCUUUGUGCUUUGUUGAACACACCCAUUCUUUCAUAAGUUGUGCAAGUGAUGGUAGUGUUAAUGUGGUUAGGGUCGAAUGUGCCCAAAGCGGUGGAUCAGUCAGGUAUGGCAAGCUACGACUACUUCGUGAGUAUCAGCUUCCAAAAAAUGAAGUUGCCACUUGGUCAGAACAUUUCAAGAUUGAAACUAGCUCGGUCCUACUUCUUGCAACGAAUCGUUCUCGAGUACUCGCGAUCGAUUUGCGACAAAUGAAAGUCUUGUACACUCUGGAAAACCCAGUGCAUCAUGGCACACCAACAUGCUUCUGUGUUGAUAAGAAACGGCACUGGCUGUUACUAGGGACCUCUCACGGCGUUUUAGAUCUUUGGGACCUUCGCUUUAAGGUCCGCCUGAAGGCUUGGGGUGUGCCUGGAUCUUCGUCUAUCCAUCGCAUUUGUAUCCACCCGACCAAGGGUCGAGGUAGAUGGGUUUGCGUUGCAGGUGGUAGUGCGCAAGGCGAGGUCACCGUGUGGGAUGUUGAGAAGACCCAGUGCAGGGAAGUAUAUAGGCCUGGAGGUAGCAGAGAUGGCCCGAGAGGGUAUGAGCCUUGGCCAGUUGAUGAAGACCGGCCCGAGGGCAUGCUUGGCCGGUUUGCAACAGCAUUAGAGCCAACUGGCUCUAGCAACGCUGACCGUGGUGCUCGAGCUAUGAUUGUUGGCACAGACGCCUACGAUGAUGGGCGAGACUCUAAAUACGGUUUUAUAAUUACAGGCGGUUCUGAUAGAAAGAUUCGGUUUUGGGAUCUCGCUCGAGUAGAGAACUCGAUGGUGGUCAGCGGCCUUGAUAUCGACGAGUUGAAGCCGACAUUCACGUCUACACAUCCCACGGCCUCUUUGACACUGAACACCGAGCGAAUCCCACGUCCUGGUCCGACAGCUCCUAAUGCCGGGGCAGGAUCGAAGUCUCCAAGCACGAACAGAGCGGCCAGUGGGAGACCACCGAGGUCCACAGUAAUCUCCCUUCAGCAGCAACAAUUGCUGAAGUCGCAUCUGGAUUCCAUUCUCGAUAUUGCUUUAUUAGAAUCACCGUAUGGCAUGACGGUGUCGGUGGACAGAUCAGGCGUUAUAUUUGUCUUUCAGUAGACACAGGGGAUACAUUUAUAAGGUGUCGGAAGCUCACGCAGGUCAUAUGGCGGCGCUAUGAUUACGGAGUAUUCAGGGGGCGGCAUGGGUAGAUAUGAAAUCUGAUAAUGUUUCCAAUCGAUACCAUUGAAUAUAAUUCUUAUUGAAACCAGC